UUAUCCUGAAGCUGCAGUGAUUGCUUUCUAGGUUCAGGCCUUUAAAUCUGUCAACAGAGCUGGAAUGGAGUGAAACAAAUCAAUGUCUGUCUUUCAGCAGUUUACUUUCCCAAGCUUUUACCCUCUUUCAUAUUACUUUGUUUUCCUUUGUAUUAGUUUGGAUGGUCAAGAAUGUAUUGCUUUAAUCUAAUCCCAGAUUUAUUGUAGUUUAUAAGCUUCCACAUUUGAAGCAAAGAGCAUUUCACACGUUAUCUCCAAACAGGAUUACACAAUGUCAUACUAUAAUCCUGCAGCACCGCUCCUAUCAUUUCCUGAGCCAAUUCAAGAAUUCCUAACUCAUCCAUCUGGCAUUCCCACCAACGCCAAGCUUUUCCUCCUUCUGCGGCAAAACAGACAGCUCAUUCGCGUGUUUAUCUCAGCACCAUCACAUAGGUUCCAGAUUUAAAACCCUGCUUACUCUUAUGAAGUCAUUUAUGUCAGGGAUGAGACGAUAGUGACACCACGACUGCUAUUCAAUUACCAACCCUCUAUAGGUCCCUCAGUUUUCUCUGCUGUGAAUACACUGCAGAGUUUUUAAUGAAUGUGAACAGUGAGGACUCCCAGGUGACCCAGUGGUGCUGUGGGGUGAUAAUGAAAAGGGCGGGUGCUUUGGAGAAACUUGUCCAAGCCAUUAUUCAUUCACCAGAGAUGCUCUGCAACGAGAGGAGCAUGUAAAGAGUAACGACGGACAGCUGAGCAUGAUGACUCUUUGAACUGGGAGAUGAGAGGCGAGCCCACACCUGAGUGGGACUCUGGGAACAUCACGGUUUGGGAGCAGCACUUUGACGUCGCCCUUGUAGUUGCAAACUGCUUGGUUCUAUUGAUCACGUCGGUUGUGGGGAUUGCGGCGAACAUUUUUGUCAUUCUGGCUGUGUGCCACCAAAAAUCACUGCAAACGUCUGUUAAUGCGCUGGUGGUGAAUCUAGCUGUGGCGGACUUCCUGCGUUGUGUACUCGACUGCCCCAUCCUGCUGGACAUCAUCACAACUGUGCAUCAAAAAGGACACAUGGACAUUUUGGUUUGUGACACACAAAUGGCCUCUUUCAACUUCAGCAGCUGUGUCCAGUUGUUGACACUAGCGUGCAUAAGUGCAGAGCGGUACCAGGCAAUCGCAAACCCCUUCCAGGCAAGCCAACGCAAAAGACGGAUUAUGGUACUCCUUCCUCUCACUUGGACUUUGGCCUUCCUGGUGGCAGUUUUUUGUCAGAUGUUUUUGAAAGACUCUCCUGUGUAUGCACAAUGCAAAGGACAGAAAGGAGGAACGUCUCCUUCUGGACUUUUUGUGCUGCUCCUGCUGUGGGCAGCUUGCUUCGGUGUCAUCACUGGAUUCUACGCUCGCAUUUUUGCCCUAAUUAGAUCACACAAUCGCAAAAUUUUUGACAAAGGUAUUUUUGUUCCUAAAAAGGGUUCAACAGAACAUAAACCAAGGAGAACAGAAACCGCUGAUGUGGAAAAUGGACACAGUAAAUCUGAGCCGGAGCAGAUCCUGAGCAUUAGCACUGCUCAAACGCAGGCUGCACCAAAUCAAUUCAAGAAAAAAUCCUCGCUGACCUCAGGAGAAGCUCCCCAGUUUGAAUCCAUCAGUUCUGAGAAGACAACAGAAUUAAAAAAUAUAGCAGCAGCGGUGAGUCAUUUAGAAAUGAAUCAACCCCACCCACUUGCAGGACACGUUGUGGAGAAAUCAUUGAAAACGGAGUCGUGCAGCCCGCUUUCCAUAAAAAUGGAAACAAAACCAUUAUCUCAAGAUGCUGCAGCAAACAUUCGGGGCUCGAAUGGAGCGACGCAAAAUGCUUCAAGCAAUUUUAAUGCUGACAAUCAGUCCAGAGAGAGUCUGAAACCAGCAGCCAAUGAUCCCAGCCUUCAUGUUCUAUUGUCUGCACAAAGAGACAAUCCUGAGUCUGCUUCUUUCUUAAUGACUGAUCUGAAACAAGAACAGAGAAGCAACACUGGAGAAAAACAGGCAGCUCUGGUGUCAGAUCAAACAGCGUCAACACCUCCAGACCCAAAUACUGAAGCCAAAACACAAAAUAUAGAGUUAGAAGGCGCCGUCUGCAUCAUGCCUUCAAAAGCAAACAGGGAGCGAGCGAGGAAGAACAAAGAAAGCAGAAUGACCAAGCGUGCUGGCUUCAUUAUUCUAACCUUCCUUUUAUUCUGGCUGCCGCUGAUCACAAGUAUCUUGGUUAAUGUUUUCACUCACAAAAACAAGAAUCCACAGAAGCAGAUCAUUCAAGACUUGGAGAUCCUGUCCGUGUCUAUUACCUGCAUCACAUCACUGAGUGACCCACUAAUUUAUGCUGCAGUGAACCCUCAGUUUCAUGCUGAGUUUUAUAAGCUAAAGAGCUGGGCUAAAUCCAGAUUCCAUAAGAGUUUAUGACAUCCUUUCUGCUGGCUCCAUUUCAACGCUAAACGACCACAUUUUCACAUAAUCUGGCACCAUUAUGGUACAUUUCAUGUAAUAAAACCCUGUGUGUUACACCAGACAUUAACACACCUG